AUGUCUUCCAAGCCUGCUGCCAAGGGCAAGUCGGUGACCGACUUGGUCGCCGGGGGUGUCGCCGGUCUCGCCGAGGGGCUCUGCUGCCACUGGUUGGACACGAUCAAAGUGAGAAUGCAAAUCUACCGCAAACUGGGUAAAAAGCCCCCCGGGUUUGUCCGCACGGGGAUGGAUAUCGUGCAAAAGGAAGGGUUUUUGGCCUUGUACAAGGGGUUAGGAGCGGUGGUCAUUGGUAUCGUCCCCAAGAUGGCGAUCAGAUUCUCCUCGUACGAAUUCUACCGGUCGUUGUUCUACGCCCCCGACGGGCUGAUCACGACGGGGCAGACGUUUAUCUCCGGUGUCGGUGCGGGUAUCACCGAAGCGGUGAUGGUGGUGAACCCGAUGGAGGUGGUCAAGAUCAGAUUGCAGGCGCAACACCACUCGAUGAAGGACCCGUUGGACGUCCCCAAGUACAGAAACGCCCCUCACGCCGCCUACGUCAUUUGCAAGGAAGAAGGGUUCUCUACCCUUUACAGAGGGGUGUCGUUGACCGCCGCCAGACAAGCCACCAACCAAGGUGUCAACUUUACCGUGUACUCGAAGAUCAAGGAAUACUUGCAAAAGCAGCAAGGCACCGAGAUGUUGCCUGCUUGGCAAACGUCGGGGAUCGGGUUGAUUUCCGGUGCCCUCGGUCCUCUUUCUAACGCCCCCUUGGACACCAUCAAGACGAGAUUGCAAAAGACCACGUUUGCCAACAACGAGUCCGGCAUCACCAGAAUCAUGAAGAUCGGGAAGCAGUUGAUCAAGGAAGAAGGUGUCGGUGCCUUGUACAAGGGGAUCACCCCGAGAAUCAUGCGGGUGGCUCCGGGCCAGGCCGUCACCUUCACCGUGUACGAGUUCAUGAAGGAGUUGUUGGCCGGCGACAAGCCGUUGGUGGAAAAGAAGUUGAACUAG